GUCCUGGUUAGGAGCAAAUUCAUCAGCUGUGGGCAGGAGAGAGGAAGAACGUAAUUAAUCAUGCCUGCCCCAUGGGCUGCCGGCUUCAGAGGGGCCGAGGAGGAAGGUUGUGUAUUGCCCAGGUGUCUUCAGAUGUGUCUCUCGGAAGGAUGGCAGCUCCGGGAACUUGGUUUCCAGAAGUCUCUGACAAACAUUACAGACUCGGUGGAUGAAGAGUGGCUGAGAGGCUGAGGCCGGCGCCUCCUGCAAUGGAGAAGAUGAGUGCCAAAGACCAGUCCUCUCAGGGGGAUGAAGAGAAAGACACUCCCAAGAGCUACCCUUACUCUGUGGAGACCCCGUAUGGUUUUCAUUUAGACCUGGACUUCCUCAAGUAUGUGGAUGACAUUGAGAAGGGAAACACCAUCAAAAGGAUCCCCAUCCACAGAAAGGCCAAGCCGGCCAAGUUCAGCACUUUGCCGCGGAACUUCAGCCUUCCCAAUGGCGGGGCUCGCCCCCAGGCCGCUCUGCCCCACCAAAACUGGUCCCCAGGGGUGCCAAGGAAAGUCUCGCUUGGGACACAGGAGCAAACCCCAUCACUGCCGCCUGGUCAUCCCCCCCAGGCCACAGCUAGCAAGAGUGAGCUCAGCUACCAUCGCAGGGCCCUGCUGGCGGAGGCCACCAGGCAGCUGGAAUCUGCAGCCCCGGAGGACGGCAGUGUUCGGCCCCAGCUUUUGAGAGCAUCCAGCAUGCCGGCCACGCUGCAGCAGCACAGGCCUGCACUCCAGGGCGAGGGCCCCAUCUGUGAUGGCGCCUUCGGCCCUGCGGAAGGGUUUGCAGAUGUUGGCAGCUCUAGUCUGCAAGCGUCACCACCACCACAGGUCGGAGAACUGGGAGACCUGGUACUGAGGACUCUGGAGCUGGUCCAGGAGGGAGCCGAGCCAGCAGAGGGGAGCCUGAAGGCACCAGACCACCUCUCCCUCCCAGAGCCUCCUCCCUCCUUCCAGAACACACUUGGAAUUCUGGUCCAGGAGGGAGCUGAGCCCGCAGAGGGGAGCCUGAAGGCACCAGACCACCUCUCCCUCCCAGAGCCUCCUCCCUCCUUCCAGAACACACUUGGAAUUCUGGAGGAUGCAGAAGAUGAGCCCGAAACCAGAGAAUCAGAGGAGGUAUUCACCCCUGCGUCCCCGACACCAAGCCCCCCACCCCUGCCAUCACCCGUCACUGAGAGCGAACUGCCCCUGCAGGAGCUUGAGCUGAGCAUCAGUGAGCUCCCUCCUCCGCCGCCCGGGGCUGUGGACGUGAGAAGUGUGGGGGUCACAGUCAGUGAGGAAGGCCUGGGCCUGGCGGGCUGCGUCCCCAGCCUGCAGCAGCAGGUGUCAGCCCUUGAGGGCGAGUUGUCAGGAAAAACACAGGAGCUGGUGCAGGUCAGGGCCGCCCUCCAACAGCGGGAGGAGGAAGCCAAGGCCAGGGAGCAGAAGAUUCAGGAGCUGGAGCACGCCAUGGCCCAGCUGGAAGGAAAGCUUCGCCAAGAGACUGCCAGAGACAACCAGGGCAGGACUGAUGCCAUGGUGAACACGGACCCUGUCAGUGGACUCUGGACCAGGGAGUUGUGUGACAAAGGCAUUGAGGUCAGCCUUCUGCACAUCACAGAAUCCGAGAGCCCAGGGGCCCAAGCAGGGGAGAACGGCCUCCCCUGGGGACAAAAGAAGCCUAGACAAGGGGAUCAGAGCCCAGGAGAGCACAUGCUACUGUCCCCACUGCCACUGGUGCAGGACCCCAAGUGGGUCCCCUCCCCCUCUUCAUACAGCUGCCUCUCCACAGAACUCAGGAUUGAGGAACCGGGCCCUGAGCAGGAGGGAGGCCCUGAGGGCCUGGCCUGGGGAGCAGGGGCCUCUUCUUGGAGCAGUGACAGAAAGUCUCCCCCAGCAGGGAGGGUGGAGGCUGCCGAUCUCCCAGGGAAGGAGUCCCCAGGAAGGCCACCCAGCUCGCCGACAGAUGCCACCCUCGGACAGUACGUAAAGAAGAUCCAGGAGCUCCUGCAGGAGCAGUGGAGCUGCCUGGAGCACGGCUACCCCGAGCUGGCCAGCGCCAUCAGGCAGCCAGCCUCCAAGCUGAGCAGCAUCCAGAACCAGCUGCUGAGCUCCCUCAACCUGCUGCUGUCGGCCUGCUCCGCCCAGGCGGCCCCGCAGAGGGAGCCCCCGGCCCCCUCCUCCUCCUCCCCACCUAUGGAGAUCUCCCCGCCGACCAGCCUUAAAUCCAUAAUGAAAAAGAAAGACUAUGGCUUCCGUGCAGGAGGUAAUGGGACCAAAAAGAACCUUCAGUUUGUUGGGGUUAACGGUGGCUAUGAGACCACCUCAAGUGAGGAGACCAGCGGUGAGGACAGCUCCCCAGAAGACUUGUCUGACAGCGAGGCUGAGAAGAAAUGUGACAGCCCAGAAGACGGGCAGACCAAAGCUGUCCACCCUGGCCGCGAGGCUGAGCAGGGCACCCACCACGCAGGCCAGGACAGUCUGUGUGAUAGGGGUUCUAAAUAUCCUGGGGAUGAAGUCCCCCACUCCAAGGCUGAGAGAUGUAAACCCUCAGAAGAAUUUCUUAAUGCAUGCCGGGCCUUGAGCCAACAUCUGCCGGAAACUGGGACCACCAGCGACCAAAUCCUGAGGCAAAGCUUGAACACCAUCAGUCAGGAGUGGUUCCGUGUCUCCAGUCGGAAAUCGUCCAGUCCUGCUGUGGUGGCCGCCUACCUCCACGGGGUCCAGCCUCAGUCCUCACACUUCCUGAAACUGCUUGUCAACCUGGCUGAUCGCAAUGGGAACACCGCCCUCCACUACAGCGUGUCCCACUCCAACUUCUCCAUCGCAAAGUUGCUGCUGGACACAGGUGUCUGCAAUGUGGACCAUCAGAACAAAGCUGGCUACACUGCCGUGAUGAUCACUCCGCUGGCUUCUCCCGAGACUGAUGAGGACAUGGCUGUCGUCUGGAAGCUCUUAAGAGAAGGGAAUGUGAACAUCCAAGCUACUCAGGGAGGCCAGACCGCGCUGAUGCUGGGAGUCAGCCAUGACAGGGAGGACAUGGUCCGCGCGCUGCUGAGCUGCCAGGCAGACGUCAACCUGCAGGACCACGAGGGAGCCUCGGCCCUCAUGCUGGCCUGUCACCACGGCAACUCCAACCUAGUGCGGCUGCUCCUGGCACACCCUGCCUGCGACAGCAGCCUAACUGACCAGGCUGGCCGCACGGCUUUGUCCAUCGUUCUGAAAUCACCCACCCAUAUGGAAAUUGCAGCGCUUCUUCAGGCCCACGGGGAGCAGGGCAGGUCCCUGGGGCCUUAGUGGCCAUAGAACUGGCAGCUGGAAACAAAAGCCGCCUUCUCUGGAUUCCUCUCUCACCCUUGGAGAGGCCAGGGGUCACAGCCAGAGGGCCACCCCUCCAGAGAAGAAACUAUUUCAGAUAUGCACAGGCAUUCUUGGUGUGAUUCUGCUUGUUAGGACGCUUUGUAGUUUUUGCCUUAUGCCAAACCCCAAAACUACACGGGCUUCAGAACAGGACUCAAGGUUCAAGGUGCAGGCUGCACUGGUGUCAUCCAAAUCCCAAAUCCCAAAUGCCUUCAGCCUUGAGUUCCUGGUAACCCAUCUAUUGUAGCCCCGUGUAGUGAGCAGGUAGGUAGGGGCACAUUAGCACAUUAGAAAAGCACUACUUUGUAUAGGAGUUUGAAAGUGCUCUGUCUUUCUGUUUUUUAAUCAAGUCUAUGUGAAUAUGUCCCAUUGAAUAAGUACGUCUGAAGAGGAUGGGAGGGGAAUCUAAGCUGCCCACCUGGCACUCACUCUCUGGAGGACCGCAGAGAAUUGCCCUGCAGGUGAACAAGCUCCCUUUGGGGCUUUGUUUAGCCGGGAUUGGUAGAGAAAUCUUAAAUUCGGAGGAGGACAAAACAUGUGGGUGUCAAUGCUAGAGGUACGGUCUUGACCAUUUCUAAGCCAUGGAGUGGCUCCCGUUUGCUCCAGGAAAAUUAGAUUAAAUUUAAAACUUUAAUCUGGACUUGGCGCCUGUGGCUCAAGCAGCUAAAGUGCCAGCCACAUACACCUGAGCUGGCGGGUUCCAGUCCAGCCCGGGCCUGUCAAACAACAAUGACGGCUGCAACCAAAAAACAGCCGGGCGUUGUGGUGGGUGCCUGUAGUCCCAGCUACUUGGGAGGUGGAGGCAGGAGAAUCGCUUGAGCCCAGGAGUUGGAGGUUGCUGUGAGCUGUGAUGCCACAGCCCUGUACCCAGGGUGACAGCUUGAGGCUCUGUCUCAAAAAAACUUCACUCCGAUAAUUUACACCACACAUACUUAAGCAUAGUCCAAUUCUCUCAGCUAUUCAGAACCUGUGAAAGAAAAGAAUGAAUCAGAGCAGGCUUCCUCCCAGGGAGGGUUGUUGUCACCUAGCAGCUGGCACAUUUCCUCCAUAACCCUGCAAUAGUCCCCUGCCAUCCCCCAGGAGCAGACACCUGCUCUGAGGGCCUUCCAGACUGUCUGCAGCAGAGCCCGGGAGCAAGGCAGGGCAGUUCUUUCCGACGCGUGCAUGGUUCACAUCCAGUAACUCACACCAGGGCAAUCUGAGUGUGUUCCUUCUGAGCACAUUAACUGCCAUGAGUUGUGUAUUUAUUAACUUAUGCUAGUUUUGAGCCUGGGCCUUGUGAUGCACAUAUAACUCACAUGUCUCUUGACCUAUCUUGAUGUAAUGAAACACUAUGACCCCAAGGAAACACUUUUUCUAGUAUGGCAGUCAGUGUGUUAAACUCUCUUAGGCAGGGCGGCACCCACAGGACGCUGGCCAUAGACACUGAGGCUGACGGGUUCAAACCCGGCCCGGGCCUGCUAAACAACAACAACUGCAACAAAAAAAUAGCCGGGUGUUGUGGUGUGCGCCUAUAGUCCCAGCUACUUGGGAGGCUGAGGCAAGAGAAUUGCUUAAGCCCACGAGUUUGAGGUUGCUGUGACGCCACAACACUACCAGGAGCGACAAAGUAAGACUCCAUCUCAAAAAAAAAAAAAAAUCUCUUACACAAACCACCCCCCUUAUAAAAAUGGAGAGAGAGAAAAGCUGGAUGUGGCCCACACCAGAAACCCAGAAGCUCACGCUCUCGGCUUGGCUGAGAUUCUCCACCAGGCAGAUUGGUACCCCGAGUGGAGCCUCAAAACUUCCCUGGGCCGUUUUUUCUCUAAAAAGAGAAAAUUUCACACAACAUAACCUCCUGGGGGUGCCACCCAGAGAGCAACCAAUGGGAGUUUUGGAAUGCAAUUCUGACCCCAUCACAGCUGUCUGCAGAUGGGUGCAGCAAACCUCUCUGGGCCACUGUGGCUCAUAGCAGAGGCUGGAUGUCCCAGAGGUACAAUAGUGACAUGUGUCGAAACUGCUCAGAAUGCAGAGAAUGGAGGUGAGAACAAGCUAAAAAGGCUUUACGUGGGUUUAUGUUGACCUCAAAACACAUUGUGAGAGCAAAAUCCUACAUUAAUAAAUGGUCUAGCCCAGAGCUUUGCGAGAAUUUAUGUUCAUACAAAUCACCUGCAUCUCGGGAAAUGGUAGAGCUGAGAGUCUGCGCUUCUAACCAGUCCCCAGGCAACAAACACCCUGGACUAGCGAGGCUCCGGCCUAUCCCUACUGUCCGUAUAUUAAAAUGCUGCCUCUCCAUCUUCUGUCUCAAAAUUUCUUGGCAUC